AUGGCUUGGUGAGUAUUAUUUACAUCCUCGCCUGGCUUGUGUCAUAAAUUAGACAGAUAUUGUCUAGUAUGGAUUUGACAGUGCUCCCUCUGAUGAAAACAAAUAACUAAAUUUGCUUUGUUAGCGCUGCAUGUGAGGCUCAUAAAAUGUAUUUUAAGAUACCACCAUGGCUCUCUUUUGUUUUGUUGUAUGUGUAAAAAGAAAAGAUUUUCCUCUGCCCUUCGUCAUGACCAAUAAAAAUAAGUAGCUGUUCCUAAAUCAUAGGACAAAAAAACCACAGGCUUAUGAAUCCAGAAUAAAUAUAAUACGUUGAUAACAUGCUGCAUAGCUUAGUAUCAAGAAUACAUGUCAAUACCGUGUAACAAAGAGAUGGAAGAAGGAGCCUCAUCAUUAGGAGUGUUUGAAUAGAACUGGGUGCAAGUGGCCUCUCAAAAUUAUCUAUUGUAGUUGUAGGCAAAGAAAUUGGUGGUGGUGGUGGACCUGGAGGAGGAGAAAUUAUUGAACACUUUCUCUGGGAGUGGGGCUUUCCAUUAGUAAUGGCAGUAGCUCGACUUUGUCACUCUCUCCCUCUGACACUACAAGUGGCAGCUGCAGCCAAGUGUCUUGGCAACCUGGCUGCCAUUUUGCAUCCUCCUGGCCCCAUUGUCAUUCUGGAAGAAUAAUGGUGGCAGUAACAAAAAAUAUUAUUGGAGAAUAUCAUUUGCUUUUUUUCAAGGGGUGGGGUGUGUGAAAAAGAAAAAGGAAAUUCCAGAAAUUUUCUCAGAAAAAUCUGUUUUGAGAAAUCUCAGCUCGGUUUGUUUCAAUGGGACUUGUGCAUGUAUAAUUCAGAGAUGUGUUACAAAAGUACUUGAAAUGGUGUGCAAUUACAAAAUGACUGUUCAUGGUGGGGGGGGGGAUUCACUAGUGAGUGAGUGUUUCUAAUUCUAUCCAGUACAACCAAUCCCUAGAAUUGUAGAGUUGGAAGGGACCACAAGGCUUAUCUAGUCCAACUCCCUGCAAUACAGGAAUCUUUUUGCCCAAUGUGGGGCUCAAACCCAUGACCCUGAAAUUAUAUUCUACCAACUGAGCUAUCCCUUAGUUGUCUCUUAUUCAGGGUCAAACGGAGCACGGUUCUGUAAAAUAAUAAUAGUCCAAAAGAUAAUUGGCAAGCUGCUGUCCAUAGCUGGUUAUCAUCCGCUAUUUCAUAUAGCAGGAAAACACUCAAUAGGCAUAGUAGCAAUUUUUAAAGAUAUACUUUAACUGAGUUCAGUUUGCUCUUGUCUUAAUUGUUGGCCACCUGGAUUCUGUAUGAAAAGCUGCUGAUAUUCCUGAUGGUAGACAGUAUAUUUUCCCAAAACAAUUAUUCUGCACAGUUUUCAAGACUUUAAUGGAGUUUGAAUCAGAGAGCAUUUGAGUAAGCGCUUUGCUACCAAAUAUCUUUAGGGCAGGUUCAGCGUUGCAUUGAGCCAUUCUGUCCAGAAGUUGGGCUGGAGAAACGGAACACAUGUUUGUGCUUCUCAGUGCAUAAAGCAAAACCAUAGCUACUAAGGCUGGAGAUGGUUUUUCUUGAGAGAUGCUUUGUUUCUCAUAGUGAGUUUGGCCCCAAUGCUAACAUUUGUAAAACAUGUCUUUAAAUUAAGGGCGAGGAACCUGUGGCCCUCAAAAUAUUGUUGGACUCCAGCUCCAUCAGCCUUAGUCAGCAUGGCCAGUGCUCAGGGAUAAUGGAAGAAGUAGUCCAACAACAUAUGGGAAGACAAGGUUUCCCGUCAGUGUUUUAAAUCAAUACCAAACUCUGUGAAAUAACAGAAAGGUGCAUAUACACAUCAUGAGCAGUUCCCCCCCCCCCCCAAAAAACCCCUGCCUUUGCUUUUCUGAAAAAAGGAUAAUCUGUCUCUUUCUCACCAGAGUAUAACAUUUUCAUUGGAUGUGGUUAUAUUCCCAUUUAGCUGUUUUUAUGUAAUUAUUCUCCUUUUCUCUGGUAUUUGAUUAUACUGAUUUUAUAUUGCAGUUUUUAGACAAUGUUGUGCCUUUUUCAUGAGCAGCUUGGACAUUUCCCUUGGGGAGACAAGUGCAGUGCUUUUUUUCUUUAAAAAAGGUUUAGGGGUACUCUCAUUUUCCUACUCAUAUUGAAAUACUGCCCCUCAAUGAGGUCAAACUUAGAUUCACAAAAUGUUUAGGGGUAUGUGUACCCCUGCAUCCCCUCAGAAAAAAGCACUGGACAAGUGGAUUAUAAGUAAAUACAAAUCUGUGUAGUACGGUGUUACCAGGGGAAACACCCCAUCUCUGCAAUUGAGUAAGAACGAACUACUUGCUUUCCCACUCCAGUGAUAUGUAACUUGCACAAAAUUUCAUUUGCUCUAUGCCAGUAUCAAACUCCCACCUUCUAGUACUACUUUAAUUAUAAUACCAUUAACCAAUGGUCAUGUUUCAUAGAAAUGCAAAUAUGUUGAAAAAAGCCUUGUUGACUUUGCACAUUUAAUUAGGUCUCUGUCUUCAUUUUUGUGUGUGUGGGCACCUCAGCAGUCUGGGUUUCUUUGGCUGAAAAUACAUCACAGUUUAAAUCAUUAGGUGUCACAUCUACUUUUGAAACAAAGCUGAAGAUCUUUAACACAUCAUUGAGCUCUCCACAGGCAUCAUGUUUCGAUAAUCUUGCACGAUAGAUAAAUCAUGGUUUACAAGACCUCAUCUAUCAAGAUGCUGAACUUGUGUAUUUGAUUUUCGCAGCUCCUGGGAAUUCCAAAUUCUGAGACUUAAAGCCUCUUUUGGAAGAAAAUGUGUCACACAUAUAAAAACAUUUAUUAAUAAAAUAUGCUAGAGGGCAAAUGUUCAUACUAUCUAUACUCUUAUGGGACACCUGGUUGCCUCCCACCAAAGAGAUAUUUCAGGUCCCUGCCCACUUUGCUUCAGCUUCUAGUUGCUUCUAGACUAGGGGUAGCCAAUAUGGUUCCCUCCAGAAAUUGUUGGACUUCAAUUCCCAUCACCCCUAAGCGUAGGCCAUGCUUGCUGUGGCUGAUGGGAAUUGGAGUCCAACAACAUCUAUAGCAAUUGUUAACGUGUAUUCCAUUCCUUUUGUCAUAUUAAUUCACUCUCAUGCUAUAUGCAUAUUACCGUUUGCUCCAGUGCACUCCCACAGCUUUCUUUUUGAAGCUGAGUUGCCCACAAUCUACCUGUGUCUUGCAUUUUUUCAAGAAAUACUCCUUUGAUGUGUUUCUCCUCAAAUGAGCUUCCAUCUAAUUUGAAAAUGCAAGCUGUGAAUAAACUGAGGUGUGUACAUUUCAGACAGCCUUUGUGCAUGUGCAGAUAACAACUUUCAGUUCAGGUGUUGCAGGUACAGAAAAACAAAUCAGGUAAUGUGCAUUAGGGCUGGAAGAUAUCUGAUUUUCAACAUCACGAUAUAUCACCAGCUAAAUAUCACAAUAUCUUGAUAUAUCUUGAUAUAUGCAUAUAUCUAUGUUGGCAGCAGAGGACCCACCAUACUGCCCCACAGCGGUGGAGCGUGCACUGGGCUUCCCCACAGCAGAGAGCCUUGCCACACCUCUGCAGUGGCAGAGGGUCCUGCCAUACCUCCCCACAAUGGCGGAGGGUGCGCUACACUUCCUCACAGCAGCCGAGGGCCUUAACGAGGCUUCCUGCGGCAGAGGAGGGCCUUAAAUGGUAAAGAAGUAGUAGAUUUAAUACAAAUAUUAAAUAAACUUCCAUAUAUUAUAUUUAAUAUAUUUCCAACCAAUUUAAGAGUAGUUUAAGUAAUUUACUAGUCAAGUUGCAUCUGCUUCCCCAUUCAGAGGUCUACGUACAACCUGUGCAUGCAUAAGUCCCACUGAGUUCAACUAAACUUCUACUUUCCUGGUAAUAAGCCUUGCUUUAUUCAGUAGGGCACAGUGGCGUAGCGUGGGUUGUCAGCACCCGGGGCAAGGCAAGUAAUUUGCGCCCCCUAACCCGUGGAUUUGCGCCCCCUAACCCGUGGAUUUGCGCACCCUAACCCUAACCCCCAGAUGUUGCGCCCGGUGCGGCCGGCCCCCCCUGCACCCCCCACGCUACGCCACUGGUAGGGCAUGCUUGUGAGUAGACACUCAUUUGCUUGCAUUGCUUACCGAAAAACACCCUCCCCAUCAUUCUCACAACCUCCCAUUUCAGCAUUAGGUAGCCAGCUAAAUCUUCUCCCUUCCGUUCCUCCCCCCCAGAAGGGACCCCCCAAAAGCCCUCAUUCCACUUCCCAGUUCUUUGUUUACUUUGCCUCUUUGAUUGUCUAGCUGUGGGGGGUCCCACCUGGAUUUUUAGCAGGCUCUGCAUACUUAGCUGAGCUCUAAGUGGAAAGGUACCCAGUGAAGAUGCUGGUUUAUGUGAGGGCUUAGGGGUUAGGAGGGAGAGAGCAAACAGAGCUGGAGACACUGUGCCUGCAAAUUAUCUGUAAAGUACCUGUUCAGCUGAGCUACCCCCGGAAGCUGUUAUGUGUCCACCUUUUGUUCACAAGUAUAUUGCCUUGUUGAACUACUUAUCACAAUGUUAUUUCAAUACUCAAGGGUAUGGCAAUUUAUUGCACAGCCCUAAUGUGCAUCUGGUGAAGAGACCCCAGCCCUCUCUCUGAUGUCUACAGCGGCAUGCAAAUAUGACUUCAAACGCAGCUGAGGGAAACAACAUUGCCACAUUUUAAGCCAUUAAUGUGUAUAUACUCCCAUUUCAAAAUGGAGAAGCUGAAAUGUUUGAGGCUUCAACCCUCUUUUUCAUGGGGAAUUGAAAGGCUCACUGAGGACUGGAUGAUGUUUUUAGCAUUGGAAGGUGCCUUAUACUAGGUCAGUCUGUUUAUCCAUCUAGCUCAUCUGCUCUGACUGGCUGUGGUAUUCUAGGAUCCCAGGUCAGGGUCUUUCCCAUGCUUGCUACCUGAUGAGAGUGGCAGUAACUUGAAUACAGGACCUCUAGCAUCUGUUCUUACCACUGAGCUAUGGAUCUUCCAUUUCUCACUGCUCCACAGUAUAAAUAGGCAGUGCUUCAAAAUGCCAUGCUUGAAAUCUUCAGGUAGGCACUUUUUGGUCUAGAACAGAUAUUUUAAGUGAAAGGAAUUGAUUAAAAAAAAGAAAGUUCUGUCAAGGGAUGAGGUGAUUUUUUUUUUUCCAGAAAAGGAUGAGAUGUAAGACAGCAAUGUGGCAUUAUAUUCAUUUAGAUGAGCUACCUCAAUAUAUACAUCCUAAGAAACAUACUGGGAUUCAACUAAUGUAUCCCAGUAGCACAACGGGACUCUGCCUACACCUUCCCAAAAUUGGGGUGGGGUCAGAGGAAAUCCCAAAGCAGCAGGGGCAGAGAGGUGAAUAAUUCCAUCUGGCAAGCUGAAAAGCUUGCAUUGGCAGGAUGAUUGCCACAGUGCUACAUUUAAUUUCUCCUGCUUUAUGUGCUCUACCCUGAAAUGUGAAUGAUCCCCAGUGCAUUUUGCUUCUUUGGAUUAUACUGCUUGCUUGUCUUACUGAGGCCAAGGAUUACGACCUCAGAUCCAGUGAAUAUUUUUUUAUUUUCCCUAGAGGAGCACAUUUUGAUAGCUAAGGAAAUCCCAUGUUUGCUUGUGCUGGAAUGAUUUUUUUCUUUGAUGAAAAUGAAUGUGUCAGCGUUUACUAGACCCAACUUCUGUUGGCAUAAGAGAACACAAAGAUCUCUCCCCCACCCCGCAAAAUCAGGCAACAUUUUUAAAAGCUCAUUUUUUUUGCAUCAGAGACAGCCAAGUUGGCUGCUUAUGCAAAGAUGCUUCUUUAUCUCAUACAGCUAGUCACCUAAUAAAAGUUUUCUAUUACUUUUGACACAUUUAAUACACUGAAUAUCAUGCUAUUGCCAGCUUUGGCAGCGCACACACCUACCUCCCCCCUCAAAUCUCGGGAACUGUAGUUUAUGCUUCACAGAGCUACAACUCCCAGCACCAUUAACAAACUACAUUUCACAGGAUUUUUUGCAGUGGGGGGAGCUUUUAAUUAUUGGUGUCUAUGCUGCCUUUGUUGGGAUUCAAGCCACUAUUACUUUUCCGCAACUCACAGGUGGGAAAGCAUUGUAGGAAGAGACAAUUGUCAGCAGAAAGUUGUCGUCAUGCCAGCCCCUGAACAUGCUGGUCCUUCAUCCAGAAUUUUCCCUGUUUGCCAAACAGGGGCUUCUGAUAUGAUGUAGAGACAUGACUGUAGAGUGAUCCUAUGGCCAAUUACUGGCUGUAGGGUUUUUGUUUGUGAGAAGAAUUAAUCCCAGAACAUUGCAUGGGAAACACAUUGUGUUGUUCAGUCACAUGCACCAUUCAUAAUCACUCUGAGAUUGGAGUAUUGCCAUAAAAAGUGCAUUUCAAAUUGCAGAGUCACACCAAUUUGUUACCAUGACAGGGUCGAUUGAGAACUACGUGAAUGCUGUUGCUGUAUUUCACAUCAAAAGUCUGAGAGGGAGAAAACGUAUCAGAGGCACCUCAGUUUCAGAGAAAAGUGAAACCAGGCAUUAGAGGCAUUACAAAGACUUAACAAAGUAGGCUUUAUCUCAGGCUUGUCAGUUAGGAUUUUCGCUCUAAUGCCAGAGGGAACUAUCGGAUAAGAGAAGAUACCUUCAAAAUAAUACGUUCAGCGCUAGUACUAAAGCAAUCCAUCAGUGACUUCAUAUCAUUACCUGGGAUUAACUAGGUUUUCAAUAACCCUGUUCUGUAGUUGCUGCAUCAUAGGAUCUCAUUUUUAUAGUAGUAGGGGGUGGUUUUUCUUUUACGCUCAGGGUGAGAAUAGAGACAAAAAUACUAUUUUUACUGUUCUGCAGUUGUCUUAAUUGUAAAAAGUUGGACAUAAAUCAAUAUUUGUGUCCAUCCAAUUAAAUGUUAUAGUCUCUUAACUACCUGUUAAUUUGGCUACUUGAGCAGUAGGGAAGAGACUGAAGUGUGGCAUUGUGUGUGUUUAAAUCAAUAAACUGUUCAUUCAGAUAUGGCUUUAUCUGUGCCAAACUUAUUCACAGUGUGGGAUUAGAAUAGCUCUCACCCACCUCAUUUUAAGGCCACUUUGGAUUCUGAUUUGUAAGUCAUUUUGGAGUGGAACACAAUGCAUAGAAGGGAUCAGGGCAACCCCCUAUUAAUAAUUAGAUAUAUUGGUCUUGUAUGCAUUGUAUUCUGUGUGCCACCAUUUCAGUUUCCAAAUAUCAGGCAAUGUGGAGCUGGUGGAUAACAAGGCAGGUAAAAAUUAUUUUAAAAUGCCAUAAAGAGUAUGUGCACAUGCAUGUAUGAACAUGCAUAUUUAUCACAUAAACACAUAUGCAUAUGUGUGUGUUUAUAUACAUAUAUAUACAUAUACAUAUACAUAUAUAUAUAGUUGUGUGUAUACCUAGUGACCUCCUGAGCCUUUAUAUUCCAAUUCAGUCUCUGAGAUUAUGUGGACAAGCACUGUUAGUUCCCAUUCUUCUGUGUUUCAGAAGCCCAGCUAGCUUCAACUAGAAGCCAGCCAUGUACUUUUACCAGUUCCAUGCUGUGCAAUAGUUUUGCUACUAUAUGUUUCAGAUGCCUCUUGAAGAUCUUUUUAUGCCAGCAGCCUGUUCAAUGUUUUAUAGUACUCAUCAAUUUUCUUGUAUACUACCCUGAUAAUUUAUAUAAAGGGGCAGUCUAUAAAUAUUUUUAUAAAUAAACAAAAUAAAUGUAUAUAUACACAAACAUACUUUUAUAUGGUUGGUUUGGCUGCAUCCUUGGACUUUUGGAGCCCCCCUCUUUAAAGGCAUGUUUAUUGAAAUUCAAAUAUUCUUGAAGCACAAGCGAUAAAGCUGCAGAGUCAUUACUAUAAUGUGCACUGUUAUCAGAGAAAACAGCUGUAAGCAAGCAUGAUCUGUAGUGAGUUUUGUACACUGACCUAUCAAGUUUCCCAGCAUAUAGAAAUCUGAUCCUCUCUUGUUCAUUUCCUCCCUUUUGUUAUUAAAGCAAUUUAAAUAAUCCUAGUUUCUGAAACCAUUUUAAAGGGUCACAUUCUGAGAGCGCACACAUGAUUUGGAAAAUAAUCCUGUUGAUAACAAAGUUUUCCUGCAACGUAGUUGCAUUAGUUAAUUGCAUGGUAUUGAUUUAUCCACAUAACUAAUUUUAGCCCACUGUUUAUGGAAAAAUUCUGGGUAGGAGAUGCUAUGUAGCAGGGAUAGGGAACGUCAGGCUCUGGGACCAAAUAUGGCCCCCCUGGCCACUCUGUCUGGCUCUUGGCAGGGGCGUAGCGUGGGUUGUCAGCACCCGGGGCAAGGCAAGUAAUUUGCACCCCCUAACCCGUGGAUUUGCGCCCCCUAACCCUAACCCCCAGAUGUUGCGCCCGGUGCGGCCGGCCCCCCCUGCACCCCCCACGCUACGCCACUGGCUCUUGGGACUUUCCUCAGCUCACAUCCCUCACUGGCUCUGCUCCAGCUUACACCCCCCCCCAGCUUAAUGUCCCCCUGAACUGUAAUAAUGUCUCUACCUAGCAUGGAUGUUGCAGUGGAAAGAUGGAUAGGGCCAGUGUGGUGGCAAGUGUUGAACUGGGAUCUGGGAGACCAGGGUUCACAUCUCUGCUCAGCUAUGAAGCUCACUGAGUGACAGUGAGCCAGGCACAGUCCCUCAGUCAACUUCACAGGGUUGUUUUGAGGACAAAAUGGGUGGGUGGGGGGACCAUUUACACCAUAUUGAGCUCCUUGCAAGAAAAGGUAGGAUAUAAACCUCUCAACCCCCAGAUUUGCUUGCCUUUUCUUUUACUUUCUUGCAGCUGUGUGCCUAUAACUAAAAAAGUACCAAAUUUUCAGUAAGUCAGAAACAAAGGAUGCAUAUGAGAGGAGUGGUUUUUUCACUUUGCAAAUCUGUAUUCAAAUUACUCACCUACAGUAAAUGUACAUAGUUGUUUUGCAAGUAAAUUGUGCCAUGUGUGGGAGUUGAGGAGGAACAGUGACUUAGGAGUUGAUAUUGAGAACUAUGCAAUCCUUCCUAAUGUAACAUAUUCUCUUUUGUGUGUUGCAGGUAGCAUAGUAUACCUUGGGAUGAUGGUGGGGGCAUUCUUCUGGGGAGGCUUGGCAGACAAGGUGGGAAGGAGACAGUCUCUUCUCAUAUGUAUGUCUGUCAAUGGAUUCUUUGCCUUCCUUUCAUCAUUUGUCCAGGGCUAUGGCUUCUUUCUCUUCUGUCGUUUACUUUCUGGAUUUGGGUAAGCUCUUCCUUUAUUCCUUUCAUUUUCUAAUUUAACUUUACCUUUCCCUGUUCUGGGGAAAAGCUUGUUCAUUGUUGUUCCCAUCCUGCUGUCAAGAGCCCAAAGAACGACUGAGGGUACAGUCGUACCUUGGUUCUUGAACACCUUGGUACUCACAUGUUUUGGCUCCCAAACGCUGCAAACCCGGAAGUAAGUGUUCUGGUUUGUGAACGUUUUUCAGAACCAAACAUCUGACAUGGCUUCUGCUCGACUGCAGGAAGCUCCCAGAACAGAUUAAGUUUGAGAACCAAGGUACCACUGUAUUGUGGUUGGGUUUUGUGUUUACUCAGACUUUCUCAAUCUGCAUUUGCUCUUGUGCCUCGCUGUCCAGACUCUAGCCUGUUGCACUGUGAGGGUGCCCUGUAUGGAUAAAGUCCAUGCAAAGAAGGGGUCAGUGGUUAAAAAAAAGUGAAUAUUGUUUUCCUUUGAUUCACAUUGGGGUACUUAAAGUGGCAUGGCUUGGCUGAAAAUUACACUUGCACAUCUGUCACUGUAUGCCUGAAAGAAAAAUGUCAAAACAAUCCAUUUAGAAAUUCACACACUGCAUAGCUUAGGAUUUAACCACCUUGCAUUAUUAUCAAUGGUGAUAGAUGCAGAGAGCUGAGUAUACUUUUAAUAUUUUACACUAAAUUUAACAUAUUUUAUGACACAAUAUAAAUAAAUAAAAUAGAAAAGUAGUAAGUUACAGUCCCCAAAUAAUGUAUAAUAAUAAUAAUAAUAAUAAUAAUAAUAAUAAUAAUAAUUUUUAUUUAUACCCCACCCUCCCUAGCCAAGGCCAGGCUCAGAGCGGCUUACAAGCAAUAAUAAAAACAAGUUAAAUGAUUACAACUUAAAAACAAAAUUAAAAAUACAACAUUAAUAUAUUGAAACAUUAAAAUAUUAAAAUGUAGCCUCAUCGCAGGAGGAGAAGGAAAAGAAAAAAGAAAGAGAGGGAGGGAAUCAAAUUGGCUCCAAGCCAAAGGCCAGGCAGAACAACUCUGUCUUACAGGCCCUGCGGAAAGAAAUCAGAUCCUGCAGGGCCCUGGUCUCAUGAGGCAGAGCGUUCCACCAGACCGGAACCAGAGUUGAAAAGGCUCUGGCUCUGGUUGAAGCCAACCUAACUUCCUUAGGGGCCGGGACCACUAGGGUGAUGCUAUUUAUGGACCUUGAGGCUCUCCGUGGGGCAUACUGGGAGAGGCGGUCCUGUAGGUAUGAGGGUCCUAGGCCGUGAAGGGCUUUAAAGGUCAAAAGCAGCACCUUAAAUCUGAUCCUGUAUUCCACCGGGAGCCAGUGCAGCUUGAAAAGCACUGGGUGAAUAUGCUCCCAUGUCAGAGACCCCGUGAGGAGCCUCGCUGCAGCAUUCUGUACCCGCUGGAGUUUCUGGGUCAGCUUCAAGGGCAGCCCCGCGUAGAGCGAAUUACAGUAGUCAAGCCUGGAGAUGACCGUCGCAUGGAUCACUGUGGCCAGGUUGGGGUGGGAAAGGUAAGGGACCAACUGCUUGAUGCGGCGAAGGUGGAAAAAUGUUGCCUUGGCUGUUGCUGUAACUUGCGCCUCCAUGGAAAGAGAGGCGUCAAGGAUUACACCUAAACUCUUAACGGAAGGCAAUGGCACUAAUUGGGCCCCCGCAAGAGAAGGGAGUUGGUCCCUCAACCCCAUGCCAUCCCGACCCAGCCAUAGGACCUCUGUCUUCGAAGGAUUUAGUUUCAAUCGGCUCCCACGAAACCAUCCAGCCACAGCUUCCAAGCAUCUGGUCAGUGUGUUCGGGGCCGAGUCGGUGUGGCCAUCCAUCAGCAGAUAGAGCUGAGUGUCAUCAGCAUAUUGGUGACAACCCAGCCCAAAGCUCCGGAUAAUCUGGGCAAGGGGGCGCAUAAAGAUGUUAAAAAGCAUUGGGGAGAGGAUUGUGCCCUGCGGCACUCCACACACCAAGGAGUGGCGCGACGACAUUUCCCUCCCUAGUGCCACCCUCUGUCCCCGACCAGAGAUAAAAGAGCACAGCCAGUUACGGGCUAUGCCCUGUAUCCCCACAUCUGUGAGGCGGUGGUCCAGAAGAUCAUGAUCGACCAUGUCAAAGGCUGCUGACAAAUCUAAAAGGAUCACCAGUCCUGACCCGCCUCGAUCCAGCUGUCUACGGAGAUCAUCUGUUAGGGCAACCAGAGCCGUCUCAGUCCCAAAACCAGGACGGAAACUGGACUGAAAUGGAUCUAAAGCCGAUGUUUCCUCCAGAAACCUACCACGUUGUUCAGCAACCGCUCUCUCAAUUACCUUACCCAGAUAUGGAAGAUUUGAAACUGGGCGGUAAUUGGAUAGGUCUAAGGGAUCUAAUGAAGUUAUAUAUAUAACUUAUUAUAUAUUAUAUAUAUAUAAUAAGGGAGACAGGUGCACUUCACCAGGGAGGGCAUUCCACAAAUGGGGAACCGCCACUGAAAAGGCCCUGUCACAUUGGUGGCACCACCACCAAUGAAAUCUCACUUGCUGAGUGUAAGAUCCAAGAUGGUUGGUGUUGGGGGAAGUGCUCUUUUAAGUACUUGAGUCCCAAAAUAUUUAGAAGUUACUGCUUUCUUUCCAUCCAGUGUGAUACCUUGAUUUGUUCAACUGCUUAAAGAUUUGUGUGGAAUACUGACAUAUCUGAAAAUAUUAUAACAUUGUAAAGUAAUUUCUCAAGGGUGGUAACAGUGAGAUUGAAGUAGUUGUUAAAAUUGCAGCAGGGGAGGACAUUUGAUUUCAAACAUUAUAGUUUGCCUCAAGUAAUGUACAAAUAGAAUAGACAGCUGUGCCUUGGAGCAGGAUUUUGAAUUGGAAAAAAUAUAAUUUAUGUGAAGAAAAUAUUCCACUAUUAUAAGUUUAGACUGCUUAGCAAAUCAGUUUCAACUAUUAAUAAGAUAUACUUUUGUGUUAGAUAAACAGGGGUGAUUCGAAUAUAAAAAAUUAUUGGAGAAUGUCUUCUUAAAUAAGGUAACAGAAACACCAUACAUUUAAGGCACCCUUAUACCACUUUAACUUUCAUGGCUUCCCCCAAAAGGUCCUGGGAAUUGUAGUUUGCUAAGGGUGCUGACCUCUCAGACCUACAAUUCCCAAAUUCUCAAUGUCUGUUAAAAUUGUAUAAAGGUGCUUUCAAUGUCUAGUGUGGAUAUGACUGAAUAAUGUUAUCUGUAACUGCUGUUUUGGCUGCAUAUUGCUGAUGCUUGCAGAAAAUGGAAAGGGGAUAAAUGAUAAAUUGUGUACAUAUGCAUUGGGUUUUCUGAAUAACAAACCAAAGCUGAGCUAGGAAGGAAGGAAGGAAGGAAGGAAGGAGGGAAAUAGAAAAGAUAAUUUUGGCACUAGGUUGGAGGGAACUGCUGAGAAGUAGUUUGGAGGUUAUCAGAUUUUGCAAAAUGUGACAAUCAUUGUGUUCACUAAUUCUUGGUAGAACUUCUGUGGCACACAAAACCAUAGGGGUUCUAGCAGGGAUUGUCAAACACACUGAUGGACAAAUUUUCAUGAAAUGUUAUGAAUGAGAAGAACCUUCUUGGAUCAGAUCAGAUCAGAUCAAAGCAUUAGUGCAGGGAUCGGGAACUUGUAACCCCAUCUGGGAAGAUGUUAUUGGACUUCAGUCCUGAUCAUGGCCAUACUAGCUGGGGCUCAUGGGAGGUAGAGUCCAACAGCCUCUUGGGACCCUAGUUCCCUUAUCCAGUCCAACAAUCUGUUACCACGCUUGUCAGUCAAAUGCCAUCUGACAAGCUUACAAGUAAGGCACGAGAGCAGCUUUUCUCUCCCAUUUCAUUCUCCCCAAUAUCUUGUAUGCAAAGAUACAUUGUUUAUGAACAUCAGGGUUCUAUCUAAUUAUCAUAGCUUGUCAGAUGCUGAUGUGGUUGCUUGAGAGCAAACAGGCAAGACUCUGACCUGUCUUUUCCAGGCUUUAUUCUUAGUGCUAACUAUUUACAGUGAAGAGCGUCGUAAGUUCAUGUCUGGCUGAAUCGCUAGCAGAAUCUGGAAGUGGUCGGUUCUUGUACCUUCCCCAGCAUAACAAUCGCGUGACCCCCAACCUUCUCCACCCCUCCCUUCACCGAAACCUACUGCGCAAAAUGGGCGCUGGCAAAGGGGUACUUCCCUCCUCUCCUAUUUGCUCAGGCUCGGUGUUGAGGCUCUCCCUAGCAUCCCCUGGUCCCUGCACCUCCUCUCCACUAGAGGUGGGGGUUUCCUCCUCGCCAGAGAAGGAACUGUUUCGCAAGAUUUUCGAAGGUUCCCUAUAACACAACUGCCCUUCCACCUCUCGUCUCUGAGCUGAUAGUAGUUCCCUGACAUAGCUGAUAAAAGUUGCUUCCAAAGUCUUUUCAUUAUACUAACCUUCACUACAGAGAGUGAGUAGCAGGGAUAUGGGUUACAGCUUAAAGAAGGGUAUAUGCCUAUUUUGUAGUAGUGAUUGUUUAAGAUGCCUACCCCACAAAGAGCAUUGAGAAAUGUCCCUUUUUGUCCCUUGUGGCAAAUUCUGAUCUAUCUUUACAAGCAUACACACACCAGGACCCUUUCUUUUUCUGACCAUUUUCUUUUCAGGAAUCAUUCUGUUUCUCUAAUGUCAAUUUGCAGAGUUUGGAAGGAAUGGGGUGAUUUCUUUCUGGGCGGAACACACAUUGCUUUGGUCUUUGAUUAUGCAAUGUUUUUGCUAAAAACCACAGAGUAAUGUAGUAUGCGUGUGUGUUUUGUGUUUAUGAACUGCAGCAGAGUACAAAAUCUUGCAAAAAGGGACAUCCAUGCAUACUUUUCCAAGUGCAUGAACCAAUCUUGUAUAAAAUAAUGCAGGAGUACUUUCUCAAACGUUGGGUCAGCCAGGGUCUCGAUAACAGUGCAAAGGAACUCAUCCCUUUUGCACAAUAAGUUAGUCCCAGAGAGCCAAGACACACUUUGAAGUAUUCAGUAAUCAGUACCAACUGUACCAAAAGGAAUCAUUGUGAAAAAUAGAAAUCCUUAGGUGGGGGUGUAAAAAAUUGUCCAUUCUCAGGGCACCAUAUUACCAAAGUCCACCCCUGUCUACUGAAAGCUGCUUGCUUUAACUUGCUAAUUGCCCCCAAAAGGUGCUGCAAAUGCCUGCUUGGAGAGUUGAUUUUCAAUAGGAAAACCAUGGGAAAACUCCAUUACCUAAUACUAUGCUACUCUACAGAUGUUACUGGACGCCAACUCCCCUAAACCCUAGCAAACAUUGCCAUUUUUUAUUAUUUAUUUAUGAAUUGCCUUCUACGUGUGUGUCAAGGAAAUUUACAAAUGUCAGCCACAUCCACACCAUACAUUUAAAGCAUGUAGCUUUCCCCCAAAGAAUCCUGGGAACUGUGGUUUGUUAAGUGUGCUGAGAUUUGUGGCUCAGUAAAGGGUAAAAUACAAUUCCCAUGCUUCUUUGGGGAAGACGUGCUCUGAAUGUAUGGUAUGGAUGUGACCAAUUGAAAACCUCUAAAAACAGCAAUGUCAGGGAUGUCCAGACAUAGUAACCCAACACAUUACAUCAGAUACCCCUACAUUAUCGUUUUUAAAGUGGCUCUGGAGUAAUAAUUUGAUCAGCUGAAUGGUACAUGAAAUAUACUAAAUAUUAAAACAGAAAAUAGCAAAAGCUCCUCAGAUAUACAGCGGUAAAUGUUUAAUGCAGUCCCAGUCCUGAUUCAUGUCUUUUUAAGUAUUAUGGUCACUACUGACAUCAGAAAUCAGAAGCUUAUGGUAAUCAAAGGCUUAAUUUUAGAUGUGAAGAACAGCUUAUGUAGAGUGGGAGCUGCUUAUCAGUUCCUGUAUAGUGAUGACAGAAACUCAGAAGUAACAUAGUAGUAAUGAAUAAAAGUGCUUAGGUGCCAACUGCACUGCACUUGCCCACUGAAUUUAAAAAAUAAACUGGAGGAAAUUUCACCCAAACGAUGUGAGAAAUAGUACAAUAUAUUAUAACCUUUCAACAUUUCUACAGUUUUGAAUGAUAGAGUUCAUUAAGAGAGAAUGAUUUAACCAUUGAGAUUGUGUUGCCUUCUGCAUUUAAAUUCAACAUAUGAGGUCUAAGAACACCCUGAUGCAACAGAGGACCAUGCAAUAACAACUAAACUGUAUAGUUUCUUUCUUAAACAGAGUUUAGUCCAAUAAUUCUUAGACAUUAUUUGAAUUUUUUUGCCUAUAUCCUGAGUCAUAACUGCACCAAAAGAUUUAGGGGCUGUGUUCUCCCAAGCUGCAAAGGCAUGAUUUGUUUUAAGCCUGUUUCUCUUGCUUCUCUUCUUUGCUAAGUUAAUUUCAACAAGCCUCAAAUCUUCAAACAGAGGAAAAAGCAAACCAUGUCUCAUUUCUCCAGCAAGCUGGGUCCCCCACAAUGCUCUUACCUCAUGUCACUGUAGCUUGGUGAGCGUCUGGGGUGGGAUUGUCAAAUAAACCAUGAUCAAGCAAGGUUAUUGCAUUCAGUCAAAACGCCAAACUGUAGACAAGUUAUUGCAUUCAGUCAAAACGCCAAACUAGACAAAACAAACCAUGGUUUGUAAGCCAAAACAAACACUUCACCUUAUUGUUGGUUGCUAGAAAAUAAACAAUGGUUAAUGUGCUGGGCUGAGUUCGAACACUGAAGCAAACCACACUUUGACUAGACAAACCAUAACUUUGUGUUACAUACACACAAGGCUGGUGUAGUGAAAUAGUUGUUUUGCAUGCCACCCAUUAAAGACACAAAUAAAGACAGUGCUUGUUCAUAGUUUCUAUUAUGGUUGUAUUCAAUUUAUACUCUGUGUCUUCAAUUAGGAUUGGAGGAGCUGUUCCAGUUGUAUUCUCCUAUUUUGCUGAAGUUCUUGCUCGAGAAAAACGUGGAGAACACUUAAGUUGGCUUUGCAUGUUUUGGAUGAUUGGGGGCAUCUAUGCAUCCGCCAUGGCCUGGGCAAUCAUCCCUCACUAUGGUAAGAAGCAUAUUUUUUGUUGCAUAAAGCUACUGCUAUCAAUGUACAUAAAUGCUAAGCCAUAAUCAACUACAAGGCAUUUCAGUGUUAGAAUUGAUUGUUUUAAAGAAGCAGAAUGUGGGGGCAAACACUUUGCAGAAGGUAGUAGUACUAUUGUGAUUCGGCUUGUCCACACAUUUUAUGUUCCUAACAUAGAUUAACUUAUCUCUAAACAGACAUUGGGGUGUGUUUUUGCAGGAUAUUUUGAAGAGUUCCUUUGUUUUGGCCUCUUAUAUGUUGAUAAUUGCUCAGUGAGUUCCAGCUGGAAAAAAGGCCUGGUUGUACCCAAUUACUUAGCGGUAUAUCUCACUUGCUGUAGAGGACCAUGCAAAUAUAGAUUUUCAAAUCUGGUUUCUACUAGUGUCAUUUGACAGAGAAAGGGGUUUAUAAAUGCAUGAGGUCAUAUAAAUAUGCAUCCUCAUAAGUUUAAUUUAAUUUAUUAUACAUUUUUUAAUAGUCUAAGGUGUGAUGGCAAGUUUUAUAUAUUUUAUAAUUGCAAUAAUACUUUUCUUUAGCAAAACUGGGCAUAAAAGUAAAAUUAAAAGUCAUUUUUAAAUUAUCAAGAGUGAACAACGGUUGUUAACUUUUACAAAAUAUGCAUUUUUAAAACUUACCUUAAGGCAAGGUAUUUAUAUACAUGAUUACAAUAAAUUGCUUUCAAAGGUUACUUUGCUUUAUUUUAGUGUAAAUAACUUAGCAUUUUUAUUGCAAUGGUGUCCUCUAACUUUUAAAUGUCAGUACUUUGUAGCCUUGAAGUAUUUAAAAUACCUUUCUGCAAUGCAUUGAACUAAUUUUCUCAUUGGACGAAUCUCAGGCUUAUCCUACAGCUCUAAGUCAGCCUAAUUUAACCUUUCAUAUCUGAUCUUCAGUAUCAUAUCUAGGAGCCCAUCUGUGUUUUUUUGUUUGGUAGUUCCAAAUGUUGUGGCAGAUUCAUUGGUCAAACUGGCCACCCCAGAUCAUGGAUAACAAAGGAUGUAGCUUCCUUAUCAUAAAAAAUGCAGGCUGGGAUACAGAAAACUUGCCACAAUAAUGAUUCAUUCAAUUGACUCCCUCUUCAGGAGUGAACAUACGUAACUGGUAUAACAUAGACAUAGGCUGUUGGACCAACAGACAUAGCUUUAAAGACCUUGGUGAUGCAGUAAAUGAUGGGCUGUGUUCGGACAGGAGAUACAGGCAAUACUGCUUUUGCAGUUUAGGGGAGAAUCAUAUAUAUUGGAAAGGACAACCCAUCCAUGAGGCAAGGAAUGCAUUGCCUGCUGCCGCUACUGCUGUGUGUUCCUUGGAGGCUGGAUCUGUCGCCUCUUCAUCAGCUGCUUCCAUGCUGUCUCCUCCCAUCCCUAGGGAUGAAAUGGCAGGAGUUGCCCUCUGGGGUCUCCUGGACUCUUCACCUGCCUGGUGUGAUUCAAAGCAGGCCCCUUUACCAUCUAUGAUUACCUUUGAUUCCCACUUCAAGGAACUGAAGUUGAGAACAUUGAUUUGAUUUUUCCAUUUCCCAAUGUAGAUCUUCACCCGCCCCCCUUAUUCCAGAUGUAGACUUUGUUCCCUCCUUGCUCCCGAUGUAGAUUUUUAUUCCCCACUUCUUCCUGAUUUAGAUUUUCGCUCAUCGCUUCUUCUCUGAUGGGAGGGGGCACCACUUUAGGGUUUGCCCCAGGUGCCAAGAUGUCUGGGGCUGGUCCUGAUUGGAAAUCAUGUUCCACACACAAAAAGAGUUGGGGGAGCAACACAGUUUCACAAGAUCAUAUGCCUCUGUCCCUUGGAGUAUGGCAUUCAUGCUAAUGCUUUGGUCUGCUGCACAGCCUAGCAAGAAUCACCACUGGAAUCUGCACAAUUCUCAUGUGGCUUUAUGGCAUCAGGUGUAGUGAAUCCAUGUGUUUGCCUCUUGAGGAAUAUUCCACCUGGAAGUUCCCUUGGGAAAAAUAAGGCACUCAAUUGUUUUCAGCAUUAGCUGUAUCAGCUAAUUAUAAGGUCCUUGUUCUAGCUAAAUGCCAAUGAAAAGAUUUACGGAAUACAUAAUAACACAAAUGCUUAUCUCUCACUUAGCAUGAAUUAAGGUACAUACUGAGAUGAAGCCUAUUUAUACUAGAGUUUGAAUUUUUUAAUGGAGAUAUGUUAUCAUUCCUUGUAGCUCUUUGAGCUAAAGAGAUUCCAGUACCAAGUCACACUGGAUGCAAUGUUGGGCUGGAUGGGUGCUAGUAAACUGAAAUUGAAUCCUUGUCAGAUGGAAAUCCUGUGGGUGAGUGGCUUCUGAGUGUGGGAAUUCGGCACUUUACCUGUUCAGAAUGUGGUUGCACUAUCUUUGAAUGAACAUGUGCACAGUCUUGGAGUGUUCCUGGGUUUGUCAUUGUUGCUAGAGGCCCAAGUCACCUUAGGAUUUAUCUUUAAGUACAGAAGAAAUGUGUAGCGUAUCUUACUGUACCACUUCAUUAGGCAGUUGUAUAUUUAUGCCAUAAAAUUUACACCCCAAAAGUGGUUUACACAAUAUAAAACAGUAAAAUCAAUUUUAAAAAUUGCAAUCUUAUUUUAAAACAUACAAAACUUUAAAAAACUAAAACAGAUUAAAGUUACCUCAGUUUUCUAAGCAUUUGUGUAGGCUUGUCUAAACAGCAAUGUUUUUAACAGACACUGAAAAGAGUACAGUGAAGGGGCCUGCUUGAUCUUAGUAGGCAGGGGGUUCCAAAGUACAGUAUUGUGGUAUUGUUUUAUAUUACAUUAUGUUAUGUUUUAAAUAAAUAAUACAUUUGUUAGAAUUUUAGAAUUUAACACUCCUGGUCUGUUUAUCUGUUUGUUCUGUACUGAACCCCAGCUACCCUGUGUGUGUUGAUAUGUGAAGAAAGGAAAAUUAAUGGUGGCGGUGGAAAGUAGGGGGAUGGAAUUAGCAACUACAAUCCUUGUAUGUGGUGCAGGUGGUAGGGAUUUUACCUGUGAUAAUAUUACGAUGGAAUAGUCAAACUGAGUGAGCCACCACAGCCUGUGGAAGAGAACUGACAUUAUCCGGGAUAGGCUGCAGUUCACUGGUGAAAAAUUUGCGUGGUUUUUAGCUGGGAACUGUAAGUUAAAUUAUUUGUACUUUUUCCGUCCUCCUGCUGCAGUCCAUAGAGGGAGGUUAGAAUCUCUCUGAUAUGGUAGAUCUUGUCGUUCAUAAGGCAGGGAUGUGCCUACAAUGGUCCGUAAUAAAAGAAUAGGAAAUGAUUUCACACCCUGCUGUCACAACAGCAGACUGCUCCUGAGAGAUAGAAGCCAAAACUACUUCACACCUUGGAGAAGUGUUCCAAAAUUAUUUACUGCAGUUGUUGCUGCUGCACCAACACCAGAUUGGAUAUCUGUAAAAAGAAGAAUAGAAAAAAAAAAUCAGUCUUGGUUUUGUCUAAUACUGAAGGUCUGUGUUCUUACUGGCAUUUGACAUGUGUUUAACAUGCUGAAACCAGUCAUCUUUUGUGUGUCGUAAACACAUGGACAAGCGCAUAUCCAAUGUGGGGUGGGCAGUUUAUUUUAUUUUAUUUUAUUUUGAUACCUCAUCAUCCCUUUACUGUGACAUCCCAGGGCAGGUUACAAUAAUUAAACAUACAAUUAUAGAACAAGUUAAAGAGAUGCAACCAUAAAAGAAGGAAGGUGUAAAAAACAAUUGCUGAUAUAAAAGUAGUUUGUUUUUUUAAGAGUUCCAAUAGAGAUGCUGACUGGGAUAUGGACAACAGAGUUCUGAAACAUUGCAGAAAAUGUGUCCCACGGAAUUGCUUAGGGCAGAAUAGGUUAAAAAAAAAAUGAAGUCAGGAAAAGAGAGUACUUUAUUGGAAGAUAUAAAGGAAAGAAUAAUAUAACUAGUUUGUGAGUGUCUAGAAGAGAAUGAAGGAGUAACUACUCCCUCUCUUUCCCCUGAUGGCCAGUUCCAAAUAUGCUGUCACACACUGUAGAGCAAGGGUGGGCAACUUGAGGCCCUUCAUGUAUAUAUAUCAAAAACCCUCUGCAAGCUGUCAGCUCAGACUUCAGCCAGAAGCCUCUACAUAUGUAAAUUGCAUUGGUCAUUAUUACUUCUAAAGGCUGUUUGCUAAGAAUCAUGUACACUCUGAUGGACAACCUAUGGAAUUUUCUAGGGAAAUGAUCUCCAAUGCAGAUAGAAGUGGAGGAAACAGGGGUGGGGGAUACAGUACAGGAAGAGAAGGGAUCGACCCCAUACUCUCUAGAACAGACACAUUGAGUUCUGCUGGGGAAUCUUUCAUAUUUCACAUCUUACUGUCAUGGUCCGAUCUACGGGCGAUCGAAGUCCCGGAUGAGGACGUUGGGACUGGGGGCAAGAUGGCGGGGUGGGAGCAGGAACGAGAGUCCAGAAGCCAGGGGUCCGAAGGUCAGAAAGCAGAGAGUCACGAAGUCAAGGGUCCGAGGGUUGAGAAGCACAGAGUCAAGAAGCCAAGGUCCGAGGAUCUGGAAGCAAGAAGCCAAACGCAGCAAGGCAGGAAACAUAUAGCUGUGGCAAAGAGCUGAAGGGAAAUGCUGACCUUAUAUCCCUUCCCGGCUCUUGCCCCCAGGUGCAGCGAGUUACCAAGCGGCCUCACCUGUGUGGCCGCGCCUUGCCUCUCCAGAACAAACUUAGGAAGGCCCCAGUCCUGCGAAGCCCUACUGGUCACAGGGCCUGGCUCCUGCAAGCACUCCUGACACUUACUGGUGCAGUGGGCAUGGAUGUAGCCAGGAUUUUUGUUGGGGGGGCAGGAUAUUUGGGGGGCUCAGGGCAUUUCUUAGGGUGGGCAGAACCGAUGUGAUUGGUCAGUUAGUUAUUUCUAUUGUUUUACUUGAUCUGGGGGGGAGCGGGACCUCCCUGUCCCCCCUGGCUAUGCCCAUUGGCGGCUUCUGCCAAACCUUAGAGCCCCUCAUCCAAUGGAUUUUCAGUGCAGGAGUACACCAUUAGAGCGUAUACUUAAAAUACUGAAAGCAACAAGAAUGACAAAGUUCUAUAGAAUUUUGAACAGAUGCUUGUGCAAAUUAGUAUAAGCAAACCAAAUUAAAUCCCCUGGUUAUCUGUUUGUGGUGUUUUCUCCACCAUGAUGCAAAGGGUUUCUUUUUGUGUGUCCCCCACCCCAAUCAUUUAAAUGUUUGUCUUCUCUGUGGUUAGUAGCUUAAGUAGCAUUUUAGCACAUCUGCUUAAUGAAUGCUGAAAACAUUUCAUUUGUAAGUGCAGUAAUUACCCUUUCCUGUGAUUCUAUAGGCUGGAUAGGAAAUAAAAGAGGGGAAUUGCUUACCCAGAGAUGGUAAACGAGGAGUGAAAAUCCUCUAAAAAUAAAAGCCAAAGUAUAUAUGGCAGUGCCAAAGUCAAACUAGAGGGGACAGUGGAAUAUCAUUGAUUACCCCUCUCUCUCUCACACCCCCCCACACACAUUUGAAAGGAGAAAUCAGCCACAAGAGCUGUUGAUAUAAACAUCUCCCCACCCCCACCCUAAAAAAACCCUGCUGCUUUCCCUUUGGAGGAGGUUAUCCUUAUGGUAUUUACCUGCUUUGCCUGUGGGCCAAACAACAACUUGUAUGUGUUUUUGCUUGCAUGUGUGUGUUGUGACAACAGUGGAAGUCUGUUGUUGCUGCAGCUCUGAGCGGAUUCUUCCUCUCAACUCCAGGUUGCACCAGGAAGUUUUGGCCCCUUUCAGAAAGCUGUUCUUUGGCAGCUGCCUGACGAUGCCCAGGCUUGUAUGACAGGAGUGUUCUUAGCUAGUCAUGGCAUAAAUUCUACAUAUGUAUCCCUUCCAAAUACUAUUCAUCGAGUUUUAAAUGUAUAUGUCAACCAAACAGGUGUUUUGUUCUUGAUUUGGAAGCAAGUGAUUUAUGGGCAUCCACACGCAGGAUGUCUUGAAGGGCAUGAAUGUUGAGAUCAAGAAAAGAGAAGUGAUUAAUCAAAGAUGUUAACAAUGUGUUAAAGGUAUCUGUGAUAAGGAAAGAAUCUGAGGUGUGGCUGAGACACAUUUCUUAUUAUUGGGUUGUUGCUGUUUUGUAAAUUCAGUGAUAUUUAAGGUCUUUCCACAGCCUCUUUUGUUUUGCAGAUAUGUUUGAAACUAGGUGCAAAGCAAAAUCCUCCCUUUUGUGUCAGUUCUGCUGUCUCAGCUUCUUAAAGUUCUUCACUUCUCCAGAGCUAUUAAACAUCACUACAAUUUGUAUAUUCUGCUGGAAGACAGUGCUAAAACUGUGUGGGUGAAUGAGUAGUGGAUGUCCCUCCACCAUACUGAUGUUCUCUGGUGUGAAUUCCACAUGCUCACCUAGUUUCAGGGAAGACAGUUCAUGUGAUUCUUUUCUCACCCUUAGGAAGACUCAGGCAGUGUUAGAAACUCAGAUAUAUAAGCUGGGUGCCAAAUGGCUCCUUAAACCAGGGUUACAGUCACCAAGAUGGAAUGUCUAGAUGCCAUUAUGGGGCCAGACAACUUGAAAAUUGCAUUGGUUUCCUUUUGAUUGUACUUGCUUUGUCCUAACCAUAUGAAUCUCUUUGUUUGGAGCAUGUGAAAUCAAGGCAAAGUUACUACUGGAAAAAAUUGUUACAUUUGAAAUGAUCAAAGUAUUUGCUUAAGAGUAAAAGCAAAGCAAGACAACAAACCAAUCAUGUUAUGUAAUUGUGCAGAUGAGAAAGGUAUGUUUAAUGAGCAUGUCUAUAAAAAUAAAUUACAUUAACCCCACCCCCACACUGCUCUAAAAGGAUAGCCAAACAAAGGAAUUAGAAAGUAACCUUUUGAAAACAAAAUGCAGCUUUCCAUUCCAGUCGCUGUUUCCUUGUUACAGAUUGUUGUUGGUUGUAUACCAUGUUUCCCCAACAGCCUGUGUUUUGUAGUGGGGUGAGAGGAGCAGGAGAGGGACACUGUCAGAUAGUUUCGAUUUGCCGCUAAUUCCUACAUCUCUAUUUUUAUGCAUUUUAAAAUGCUGUGGCUGAAGAACAGCACUGAGCCAGACCCAAUCACGUACUCUCCAUAGAUGUUGUGGGUAUAUAAAUCUCGGGGGCUGCUAACUCACUCAGCCAUAGAGUCAGCUCAAUUACGUGCUGCAAUCCUUGUAAUGAGAUUUUCAAUGGUAUCAGCUUAGCAUUAACCCACAGUGGCCUGUUCAGCCUUUUUGUUGUAUAAUUAGAGCAUUACCUUUCCAAGUUCAUGUUGUCUCUGAUCUGCCUUGAACUGUUGUUAUCGAAAGUUCAGUGUAAAUAUUUAAUAAUGACAGCCCAGUUGCUUCUUUAGAACUAGCCUGUGUGGUGCAGUGUCUAGACUGAUACCUAACGCAGUAUGAUUGAAUUUCCACUGAUACACCCAGACAAAUCUUGUUCACCACUGGGGUUAGGGAUCCUACCUUUGUUUGACAAAAUUGCUCCAUAUCUACCUAUAUAAUCCUCACCAAUGUGGAGCUAUUUCCCUUGCUAGAUUUAGCGUUAUGCCUUCUGCCAUUCUGCAGGGAAGGUUUUUGAAGGUUCCAUGUUCAGAGAGGUAUUGUCCUUGUGGUCUAGGACAGUUCAAGACCAUUGCACAUGCCUUGUUUACUGUCCAUUUUAUGCAGUAAUUUGUGACAAAUGUUUGAGCCCCAUGUUGAAGGAGUGGUUAGGGUGUUAUGACUCCUACAGGGUUUCCUUUUUAUUGAAUAGCUGAAGGCAUGAUAGCAUGGAGAAAGUAGCAAAAUAUCUGAGCAAUGCCAUGAAACUACAUCGUCAUAAGACCUGAGUGGUACUUUUUAACCUUAUUAAAGCUGUAUAGUUUGAUCUCAAAGCAUAUGUUUUGAUUCAUAUGUUCCUGUCCUUGUAUGCCAAUAAAGUUUGUUUGUUUGAUUGAUUUUUAAUGAGCAGGUAUGCUGUACAUAUUUUUUCCUUAAACUUCUGGUGCAGUUUAAAAGCUUACAUGUGAUCAUCAACAGGUAUGAACCCCUGUAAAAUUAAUCAUCAUGCCUUCUUUACAACUUGUUUUCUGACUAAGACCAGCAGAUAAAUAACAGAAUAGUUAGUGCCUAUUAACGUAUGUCAUAGCCAUAUUUCAGUUGACUUGAGUUGCUAAACUCCCUGUUGGACUGUGGCCAAUAGCACAAUGAGACCCUGGGAUGGGAGUAGGUGUAAUUUAAUCUCUCUCUCUCUCUAAUUCUGCAGAAAAUUCCCAAAAGCCAAUGUUCUUGCUAUAAUGUAGGAAAGAGAGUAAGAAUAAUAAAAUACAACAUGCUUGAAGUUAGUCUUUGCAUGUUCUUUAUAUUCUUAGCUUUCUUUCCUGGAAUAUAGCAGGCUACCCUUUCUCAGUUAUUUAUUUGAAAGAAAAUAAUAAUAUGAUGACUUGCAAGGGAACAGAAUUGCUCUACCCAGAGAACAUCAAUUUAGGAUGCUGGUAGGGAUACUGAACUGGAGAUUCAGGCUGCAUAUAUAACCAUACAUUAUAUGACUUACUCAAAAGAAUGCUGGCAACCUUUCUUUGAUAAGGGUGCUGGGAAUGGUAGCUCUGUGGGAGUAAACUACAGUUCCCAGGAUUCUCUGGGGAAAGUCACAUGGUUUAAAAGUAUGGUGUAUAUGCAGCUUCAGAGUCAUAGCAUCAUAAAAAGAACAUCUUACUACUUGGUAAAGUAAAGUGUGGGAUAUUGCCUUGCUGGAAAAACUAACAAAUAAGCUGAGACUCAUCAGUGGCCAGAGAAAAAAGAAUGAUUUGGUACCUAACAUGUUUGCUCUUGAGACCAUCUUGGCUUUGAGUCCUGGAAGACCCACUGCCUGUCUUGUAGGCCAUUUUUCCACCUGGUGUGGGAGGGCAGGAUCCUGACUGACUGAAGCUACAAAAAGCUGAGGUUGCUGAACAGACUUGGGUUAUGUUGUUGUUUGGGGGAGGUUGGGUAGGGAGUUGUUGCUGUUGCUGCUUUUUAAACUUUAUUUUAGAUUUUGUUGUGAUUGAUGUGGAAAUAGUUCAGUUUGGUUGUGUGUACUUUAAUAUUUUAUUUAUUGUUUAUGACUGCGUUUGUUAUGUUGUAGAUAUUUUUCAUGUUAUAAAGGGUGAAGGUAAAGAACCUCAGAUGGUUAAGUCCAGUCAAAGAUGACUAUGGGGUUGUGGUUCUCAUCUCGCUUUCAGGCUGCGAGAGCCAGCUUUUGUCCAGAGCCAGCUUUCUGGGUCAUGUGGCCAGCAUUCUGGCGCAAUGGAACAUUUUGGUUAGCCUCCUUAAAAGUAUUGGCCAAUUAUGGAUUUUGCUUCAUUAGGAUUUUUUUGUGUUGAUUAUGCUUUUACCACAUUCUCUGUACUGUUGAGGCUAAAUGAAAACAGGCAGCCCCACAGGGCGGUGAUAUGAAAUUAUCUCUUAAUUCUUCCAUACUAGUUUUCAUGAGCAACUCUUAUUUGCUUCGUCUUUGGAAAAAUCUGCAUAUGAAAGAAUUGCUUUGGUUAAAGACUUGCUAUAGAGGUGGAAAAUUAGAGUGGUGUCUGAGUUGUAGCUCAACUCUCCAAUUACAUGCCCCCCUGUGUUAAUUUUCCUCUAGUAAGGGAAGCAGGGCCUUGUGUUUUCUAGUCAUUAAUAGCCUCCUGAUGAACCAACCAUUUCACCUUUUACACCUGCCAGAGUGGCACAGAUGGCAGCCUUUUUCUCCAGAGGGUCUUGUAGUACACUUGACUUUCUCUAAGGGAUCAGUUUCCCUCUAGUAAAUGAACAUGUUUACACCAAAACCAACUCCAGUGCUAAAAUAUAAAAAAGGAAAAUGACUCAAUCCAUCAAUUAGAUUUCUAGCCAACUUUUAAAGGUAAAAGCCUUCACAAAGCAGAUUACAACUUACUUGUUGUAUGUUGUACAUCCAACACAUGGAUAAUUAAAAUAACAAACAAGAAAGUAGCAAUGAAAACUUCAGUCAAAAGCAUGCUGCUCUAAAUUUAACCAAAUGUAGAGUAGAAUAAAUAAGCCUUUAAAAUCCCCCUAAAGGCCAGCAAAGGGGGCAAGCACACUUCACAGGAAAUGGCAUUUCAAAGUAGGUUGGCAACCCAAAGGAGGCUGUUUGGGCAAUUUUUUUUUAAAAAAACCCCCACAAAUAUAUUGUUAUGAGUUUGUGGGUACCAGACCCAUUCUAGCCCAUGGACCCAGCCAGUGUUAAAAUGUAAGCUAUGCUGGCUUCCUGUGUUCAGGUAAUUGCCUGGGUGAAAGGCCAUUAAGAAAACAAAGAAAAAGUGAUCUAUUAAGAGAGCAGAAGAGUCAGGGUUCUGUGCCAGAUGGCAAAUAUAUGGGGCAUCUCUUCCAGCUCUUAGAUAGAAGGACAAAGCCAGAGUGAAUUUAGGAGUUGGCUGUGAUGUGACUGAGGAGUAAAGCUGCAGGCUAGAAAGCCAGAGAUGGCAGAACAUGAUAAUUGAUUUCUGCUUGAAUCCAAGGCUGUGGCUGUGAAAGAAACAAGAUCCCCUUGGGGUGCUGAUGCUGUGAACCCCAGGUUGCAUAUAUAUGCGUAAAUAAACCAUAGAUACCCAAAGACACCACAGUCUCUGCAGUAUCUCAUAUCUCCAAAGGAAAAAUGAACCCUGGGUAAGCACCUAUACACCCUGGAAACUUGCACCGCUUGGAGAUUGGGGUGGCAUGCAAUACCAUUUUGGUUACUGGUGAUGAUUCCAUUUAAUGAGAAUGAGUCAAUAAGCAGGGUUGGGGAACCUUUAGCCCUCCAGGUGUUGUUCAAACACAAUUCCCAUGACUAUUUGUUAUGCUUGUUGGGGCUGAUGGAACUUGUGUUUGACAACAUCUGUGGAGGGCACAGGUACCCUAUCCCUGCCCUAAAGCAAGGUGGGAGAAAAACUCAUUGUGACAUUGCUUUCUCGGCUGAAGUUGUAGGAUAAAAUACAUUUUACAUAUGUGCAGCUACUGAGUGAGCAAUUUCUUUUAAAUUAAAUUUUGUGAGGAGGAACAGAUGCCAUCAUCAAGUGAAGCUACUGAAAUGGACUGAAAGUAUAUCUGCAUUGAGCCCUGGUAGUGGAAUUGACUCCACUUGCACUAAUUUGUUUCUUCCAUGCUCCUUUCACAUUUUUGAGCACAAAUGCAAAGACCAGUAGAAAAGCAGUGAGGGAUAAUUCCGAACAAGUUACGUGUGCUUAGGUGUGUUAAUUUGCACAUUAUUAGUUGUCUAGGUUAUUUAGGGGAAGGGCUAUAGCUUAGAGGUAAGGCAGGGAUGGGGAAUUGGAUCCAGGCAGUGGAUCAUUAUAUCCACCCCCUGUCAACAUUGAUGGAUGGGCAGGAACAUCUGUCUGUCAAUCACCUGAUGUGAUAAUGAUGACAGGUGACUAACACAUGUCAACAUUCAAAGGAGGUUGCAGCAACUGCUGGUCAAUGGUUACAGCCACCUUAUUUAAAGAUGUGCUUUCUGUGCUCAUUGGAGCUGGCAGCAUGCCUUCAAAAAAUGCUUUCUAUAUCUGCCAGUCAGCUGAUUUGUCCUUAUGAGGAUAUCUGCAGAGGAGGAAAUACUUCUAAAAGUGGAGCAUCUUCCCAUCUGCAGAUAAAGCAGUUUGGGUUCAAUGCACUUUCUCAGUGACAGCAGUAAGAUUGCAUGGUCAUAACCCAUUUUGUUAUGGAGUGCAAAUCUCAAAUAUAAUGCAACCUCUUGUAGGCAUCUUAAUGAAUGUGAGAUGUUUAUUAAGUUCAAUAAAUUUGUACAGUAUAGUCCUGCGAUGACCCACCUUAGGUCAGGCUGUGACCCACCAGCUGAAGACUAAUGUACUACAAUGAGUUGAAUUGGAGUGGAAUUUAACAACAAUAACAAAUAAACCCCAAAACUACAGCCCUGGGUAGUUGAACUGGGAUAUGCCUUUUUAGAAUUAAGAGAUCUAAAGAUACAAUUUAAAGAAAAGGUGAGCACAGCAGGGAAUAGAUGGUGGAGAAUUUUGCAUGUUGAAGGUGAUAAAAAAGAAGAAUCGUAAUGACAAAGCCAAGUAGUUUCACAAGCUGGUUAGUAAAUUGCUGUUCUUUUGCCUCUGUUCCCAUAUAAUCAUUUUCUACUGUGGGAGUGCUUGCCUGCAGUGAUUUCCUGGCAUGGAAAUCACGCAGUUGUGCUUUAUAUGCAUGUCUGCUCAGCAAACCAGGAACUCAGUCAUGGCUCAUUAUAUCCACACCUGACUCAAGCAAAGAUACAUCAGAUCAGUGGCAGUGUUGUAGAUAGGGCAUUAGAGUUGGAUUGAGAAACAUGGGUUCAUGUUUUGUUCAAGUAUUCCUGGUGACUGUAGUCCUGUUGUUCUAGGCCCCAGUUCUCCAUGUGUAGAUUGUGGAACUCUGAGGCAUUGGACACCAUCGCAGUGGGGAUAAAUAACAUCAAACACACUUGUAAGGGUUAUUCACAUAGUUACCCUCAUUACCUUUGCGUUGAGAGCAGCAUGGCCUCUAUGGGAGUCCUCCUGGGCUUCUCAUAGUCCUGAAUGCUAAGUACUAAAUGAGUACCUGAUUUAAAUCUAAGUGGCUCCAGCUUCUCUCCUGUAUAUCAACAAUAGCUCUGGCACUCAAUUUUUAAUAAUAGCUGAGGCAUCCAAUUUAGAUUUCUGGGGAAAUGUUUCCAAAAGUCGUAAUUGCUUUUAAAUGUCAGCAAACUGAUCCUGAAGUAGAAAUUCAAUAUGUUUUUAUAAAUAAUCCCAGAUGAGGGCAAACGUUUAAAAGCAUCACUGCCUUCUUUUAUUGCAUUGCCAUUGCUUGUUAACGUUAGAAACUAAUAGUAACAAGAGAGCCAGACACAGCCCUAGUUUUUACAAACAUCUGAGGAGGAGGUAAACCUGUUUCUUGACUGUGCCAUUGCAGACAGCAGGUGUGUGCUCAAAUGAGCGAAUGAUCCAUGAUACAAUAAAACCUGUACGUAUAUAGAAAGUUAUGUCAGAGAAAUAGAUUCCAGCCUUGCCUUCUUCCUGCUAUGCUAGUUUUCUGUAGCCAAGGAACAAACCUCAAUUAUACUAUAACUGAUCUGUCAGAAUAUUAGUAUUGUUCUAGUUGUUUAUUCAGUUGACAACACUCUUCUUGUAACUCAGUAUUUUUUUUUUAAUAACUUUUAUUUUGCUUUAAACAGGUGCAUAUAAAUAUAGACAACCAAAAUUACAAAGGAAAAUUCCUUAAUAGUAAUGGGAAAAAAACUUUUAAAACUACAAAAAAUAUCAAAGUACAUAACACAGAACAUAAGCAACUAUGGAAAAGAUAAAAGAAAAAAAAAGAAAAAAAGGGAAAAAAAGGAAGAUGAGCCAAAGCAGGAAGGCUCAUCUAUUGUACACUUCCGUCAAGCUCACAACAGAUCCUUAUUCGUAUCAAUUAUCUCUAUCUGCAUUCCAAAGGAAUCCCUCAUCUUGGUAUCAGGGAACAUUUCUCUAUGUGGCAUCAUUCUAGACAUAGCCAGAUCUUUCUUGCUGAGCCCUUGUCCCCUAAAUAAUUAUUUAAACAUUCCCAUUCUUCUUUCACCAAUUUUUUAGGUUUAUCUGUUAUUGCAUCUGUCAGCUUUGCGAGCUCCAAGUACUCGCACAAUUUGACUACCCAUUCCUCUUUAGUGGGUGUAUUUUUAUCUUUCCAGUGUUUUGCCACUAUAACCCUUGCUGCUGACGUUGCGUACAUAAAUAUCCUAGUUUUGUUUUUGGGAAUAUUAUCUGAAACCAUUCCUAGUAAAAAUUCUUCCGGUUUCUUGCUAAAUGUAGUUUUUAUCAAUCUCUUUAUCUCUUCAUAAAUCAUAUUCCAAAAUCUUUGUAUCUCUAGACAGGACUACCACAUAUGGUAGUAUGUUCCUAUCUGUUCCUUACAUCGCCAGCACUUGUUAUUGUUUGAAUUAUUUAUUUUUGCAAGUUUUACAGGGGUCAGGUACCACCUAUAGUACAUUUUCAUAAGAUUUUCCCUUAUAAGGAAACAAGCCGUGAAUUUUAUAUUUUUAGUCCAUAAUUCAUUCCAAAUAUUGGGUUUGAUUGUAACUCAGUAGUAUUUAAGAUACUGAACAAAACUUCUAAUUCCAUCAGCAGUGACUCUCAGCUUUUGUCUGUGCCAGAGUAUUUCAGUCUUAACCAAAAAAAGUUUAGUUAUUUAGUAUAUUCAGGAUGUAGGCUGACUUACUAUAAUAAACCAGUUGUUUUCCCAACAACGUAUCUUAAGCUGUGUACAUAUUAAUGGCUUAAAAUGCAGCUUAGGUCAUUCUUUUUCUCAAUUCAGGUUGAGGUUGUUUGCAAGCAAAUGCUUUAAAAUGUAUUUCAUAAGAAAUGACAGGAUGGAUAUGGAUUGUGACUGGGUUGUGUUUACACAGCUUCCCAAACCAGUGGUGGAAGCACACUGGAUGCAGAGUGAACUGGAGUGUGUACACAGCCCUUACUAAAGAGUUAGAAUCAGUACUGAUCUGAAUGCUUUAAGGGUGCCACCCAGUGGCUGUUCAGCAAACUUCCCUGACUAUAUAUUUUUUUAAAAAAACCACACACAUUAAUCCUGUAAUUCUGCUCUUUCUAAUAGCUCUCUUCAAUCUGUGUCCCUCAUAGUGAUAACAAUAUGAAUAAAAAUAUUUCAGGUCAGAUUUCCUAAAUGAAGGGUGGGUGGAUGAAGGAAUAAUUAAAACAUGCAGCUCUGUUAAGAUUUAUUGAUUAAAUAUUUUUUAUCUCCUCUUAGCUCCUCUCCUUAGCUUUCAACGCAACUUACAAAUUCUACUUCAUAAAUCAUAAAUCAUACUUCAUAAAUAAGAAACCACUCAUAAACAAAUUAAACCGCACAAGUACAUACCAGUAAAAAUAGCAGUACUAACAGCUUCAACCAGUUGAUGUUGACCAGUUUUCCAAGCCUGGGCACACAGGGUGGAUUUAGCCUUGUAUCUGAAGUAUAGUAAAAUCUAUGAAGCUAGUGCAAAAAGGUUCAGAAAAGCCUAACAUGCCCAAAUCAAGAGAUGUAUUGCUGUUACUGGUUUUUCUAUCCCCUUGGUGUUCUUUCACAAAAUGUUUUGAGAGCCCACAAAGGUCCUUUCUCAACCCUGAAAAUGUUCACAGGAGAACCUCCGGCACAGUCCUAACAGAUCAUUCAAUAGCUUUGUUUGCAGGUCAUGUUAAACCAUAAUUAAUGUUUUGUUUUGUUUUUACUGUGAAGGUAGCUCCUUCUUGCUAGCGUACUGGAGGAACAUGUCACAAUCCCUGGUUUAGCAUUAUAUCUGAACUGGGUAUCACUCCAAACAAACCACAAUUUGCGUUUUGUUAUAACGUUUUGUUAUUGGUUUCCAAAUCUUGGUUUGUUUGCACAAACAUUUAAAUUGGAUCAGUUAUGACAUGACAAUUUCACAUAUAUUCAUCCGCAGAAAUCAUGUAACAUCCAUUUCUUUGUUGCAAAAUACUGGUACAUUCUGCAGAAAUUUCCCUUACUUUGUUUUAACAAAUGUUGAAAAUGGGGGGGAAACCAUAUUAAAGAGAAAGCCACUUUCACAGCCUUUGGCUUAAUGUUUUAAGUAAGUGAUUCUAUGUAAAUUAGAAUCUUCGUACAUUUUUCCAUUGCCAUUGAUCUGUCCUACGCUAAUACCAUUCUGUAAUCUGUCACUGCAGGUUAGGUGAUUCAUUUGGUCAUUUCUUGUAAUCAGUAGAGUGAGAAGGUGAUAUUCAAUGUGAAGCUGCUGCAGAGGCUGAAAAAUGCAGUUACUGUAGGUUUUAUUUUACAGCACAGCCUGAGAAAACUGUUCCCAGGAUGCACUUGGGCUAUUGUUUUAACAACCCGUCGCCCCUUGGAACUUGCUGCUGUUUUCAAGAUUAAUGACUUUGGAAUUCAGCAUUUGCAGAGAGCAAGGGUGAAGUUUAAGUCUGCAGAGCUGCACUGCCUUCUAAAUGAAUCAGACAAAGAACACAUAUAUCUUCCUGUUGUGUCAUAGCGAAAGGGUGGUGGAUGCAAACCGGUCAGAAGCCAAUAACAUAUCUACAUUUGGCACCAGAGUUUAUCUUCAGAUAAAUACAUUUGGCAUACAUUUUUAGAAUCAGUUCUAAAAUGUCUGUCUCAAGAAGGGCAGCCAUGUUAGUCUGUUGCAGCAAAAAUUAACAAAGAGUCUUAUGGCACCUUAAUGACUUAUACAUUUAUUGUGACACAUUUAUUGUUAUUACUCUUCAUGGACUAGAGUCACAACCCUGUGGAAAUGUAUGUUUGGUUCUUUGUAUUAAAAAUACUUUUUAAAGAACACUUUUUUAAAAAGACACUGGCUCGCUACCCUAUGGUAAUAUGGAAACAUGAAGGAGAGCAGACUUGUCAGGAUUGAAUAAGUGGCAAAUGUUAUUCCCUGUUGGGAUAUAUAUAUAUAUUUGCAAUUAUACUAUUUCAAAACUGCAAGUGAAACAUUUCAGACUUGGGAGCGUAGCAAAAGCUUAAUUACAACUGAGAGAAGGAAACAUCUGACACAAUCAUUAGGAAUCCCCUGAAUCAAGCCCUUGGAAUUAUAGGUGUCUAGGUCUGUAGGUAUUGAAUGGUUGGUUUUUAUAUUUGUUUGGAUCGUGGAGCUAUAGAGGAAGUCAGAGGAUAUUGUUUGCUUUCAUCUGUAGUCACUUUUUAUAUCAGUAUAACUUGCUUGACAUAAAAGAAUCAGCUUGCAAAGUGGAAUUGCUUUUGGGAAUCAGGUUUAUCCCAGGUUGCUGCCAACUUCUGUAGUACAAAAAUGACACCUCAAUUUUUACAGAUUAACCACACUCUACCUUGUAGUCCUGCAUCCUGCCCCACCCUUCCACAUAUUCACGACCAUGCUACUUUCUCUUAAAUCAUACUGUCUAGUAACAGCGAAGCCUUUCUGGAAUAGCAGGUAUUCUUGAGGAAGUGGUAAAAAUCUGCAACUGCUUCAUGUUCUCUAUAUCUGUCGUCAGGUGGAAUGUUAGCUGCAUUUUGUGACUUUGUGUUAGCUUUAGAAUGAAUUACGAUGCUUGCAUCAGAAUGUAUGACCAGCUAUACUGAAGCAGCAGGGGGUUCUUUCCUGCAGUCACUCUUAAAAGUAGAAAUAGAAAUAAGGCUUGAUAGAGGAAUGUUACCAGUGUGGCAGCCUCAUGGAAAUUCUCCCAUAGUGUUUAUUUACAGUCCCUGGCUGUGUUCACACGUAAUGAUAAGCCAAAGCAUGAUGAUGAGUGAAUGCUUGAACUCCUAAGGUUUGGCUACAGCUUGUGGUUGAGGAGGGAGCUUAACCAUGAGACCAGGUUCUCUCAACACGCUAAGCCAAACCAUGGUUUAGCUGCCACAUUGCCCUGAGCUAAAAGGACCAAGGAGGAGCAAAGCAGGGUUCAAGCUGCUCUUGGGGAGCAAGCAAGUUUGCAUGAUUCCAGUAAGUCAUAGUUUGGCUUACCACGUCACAGAAGCCAGACCAUUAUGUAACCCAGUAAUGUGGCUUCAUGCUUCUGUGAGUUUUCCUAUCAGUGGCAGUAAAGGCAUAAACAAUGAUGGUGCUACAACUUUUAGUGAACAUAUUUAAAUGCUACAGAGAACAAAAACUUGUCACAAGGAUUCCAUGUCUCACAGCAAGUCUGUGACAGGUAUAAUCCCUCCCACUGGAAGCAGUUAGCAUGAACAAAGGUAGCAAAUUCCUGACAAUGAACAGUGGUCUGGAAAUCACUCAUAUAUAAUCCUAAUUUACCUACUUCAGUGUGGCUAAUUCCUGUGAUAGUGCCAGUGAAUUUGUGGAUUCUGUGGGUCUGAAAACCAUGGGCCUAAAAUAGACAUUUUAUGCAGGUCUUCUGUUUUACUGACUGUAUCUCCCCUGUGCAACCAAGAUAAGUGCUGUAAAUGUAGCAGUUGCAGUUUUAGAGUUUUCCCAUAGGAUUUUGUUUGCAAGACAAACAGCCUUGCUAGCUUGUACAUAUUGGCUGUGUGAUACAGAAGUACAUGCAACGUGAUUUGUUAAAGCUAAAGUAUUGACUGGAUUUAGAUCUUAUCCUUUAUUAAAUAAUUACAAAGAGCUGAGCACAGGAAAGAGAUAUUGCAGAUUCAGAAUUUACUUAACCUUUAUGUUCAUUUCUAUGAAGAUUAAUUUUAUUGAUAAUUAGGGCUAGUGUGUAAACCAGUGUGAUUCCUUUUAUUUUUAAUAUGAUGUUUGGCACGAGAAAGAUGGCUUCAUUUUCUUGUGCACAUCUGAUUGAGCAAUCAAUAUCUUUGCUAAUUAUCACUUUUGAUGAUCGCUUGUUAGAUCAGACUUUCUGUGAGAAUGUGUGCAUGGCAAACGUGCAGAGAAAUAAUUGAUUCACUUUUCAAAGACAACUAACCAGCAACUGUAUCCCAAUUUAAUCUUUAGCCUGGCUUUGAAUUUCUUAAAGGAUGAUGGUAAAAAACCAGAACAUGCAGAGCUCCCAGACAGCUUUCAAUCUCCAUUUGCAGGAAGUAAUUUUUUAGAAGACAAAAGGGGGAAAAAAGUGAAAUCAAUCUUUUCUAUGAGAAAAACCAUAUGCAGCAUGAAACCUGCUGCUUUUAGUUGAGUGAUGACAUGCUGAUGCCAAGAAAAAAAAUGAAUGUAAAGUUGUGAAUGAGCUAAACAGCAUAUAUAUUACCAAAUACGAUCUUGUAAAAGACUACAAGCCUGGAAUGUGGUCUAAGAACACAUGAUACAUCCAAUUUGCUGAAGCUAAGCAGGUCCAGGUUUGGUCAGUGCCUGGAUGAGAGACCCAUAUGUGCAACCUUGGGUUCCAUGAUGGAAGGCAGGCAGGCGUUACAUUACAUAUGCUAGUGCUUGGAAGAGUACUCUUCCUUCCUUUUUCCUGCUGGAGCUAUGAAGGGAACAACGAGAGGUGCUGUUGUGGUGUAAUGUUUUGCACUCCCUCCACCUAAAUUCAGGUGUAAAUAUGUGUCAAUAAACCAUAUUUCUUAAAGACACUACAGUCUCUGCUGUACCUCCUUCCAAAGGAACACAAGCCCUGAUAAAGUGCCAAGACCCCUGUAAUCUUACUACCACUUGGCUGAGAUUGGAGUGGCCUGUAACAAUAGGUUGAAUUUGUUGAAUAAUAACUAUUGACCCUGUGGAUGUUUAACAUCCUAACAAAGUAGUUAUGAAUACAGAGGACUGGAAUCAAUGAAACAGUUCUGCUAGUGGGAGCCAGUGCAAUGAGUCCCACUAGUGCAACAGAAUGUUCCCUCCCCUCUCCUCCCCCUGAACCCCGCAAACCUGCCUGGGGUGGAUCAGGAGAACCCCCAGAGCAGUGCAUGGGCCGGGGGGGGGGAGAAGAUAAGAGGUUAUCUGUCUGGCAAGCAGAAAUGCUUGCACUGACAGAACAAUCAUAAUAGCGUGACAAUGUAGAUUAUAGCAUUUGCAUUUUAAAAGGGCAUUCUUAGAAGCAUUGGAUGAUGCUAAACAAUGUAUUUUGUAAACAAAUACUGCAUGCCUUUUGCUAUAUUUGUAAUAAGGAUAUUUAAAAGCCCACUAGAAUAGCAUUUCAUUUGUUUUAAUUCUUUCCUUUUUCGCAUUCACACACUUCAGAUUUUUCAUUCUCCUAUUUUAAAUUGUUCUUAGCUUCCCUUCCUUUUCUUUACACACAGUUUGUCUCAGUCACACACAAACACCACCCAUCUUUUAAACAAAACCAACAUCUAACAAAUAAUUGUCUGGGUGUAUUUUAAUUUCUGACUAUUAUUGUCUUAUUUAUCUGUUGCUCACUCUCCUUGAAGAUUCAUUAGCUAUUCUGGUGGAAAGUUGUAGGGAAAACAUGGAACUUUCGCAGUUGAGAAACACUGCUUACUGUUCAAGAUAUUAAAUGAGAAAUCUCUCGAGAAAAUACUGCAAUCAGUUCAAGAAAAGUGAAACAAAAUAGCCAAAAAAGGGUAUCUGUUUUAUUCAUGGUAUGGCUAUUAUAAAUAUAUAUCCCAAUCAUUCUGUGCUUUCAGCUUGUUGUGCUGGACAGGAGAAACAAACAUAACUCAACAUAAUGCUUAAUGGCAAUUAUGAACCACAACUAAGCAGCAACUUUCAUGGUUGUUUUAUGCUUCUAGGGGAACAUGCUGAUAUUUUGGGAUAAACCACUGUAGCCUUUAAUUUUCAGUUUUAUUUCCUGAUAUAGUGUAAUAUUUGAUUCAAAAAGUUUCAAAAAUGUGGGCUCACUGGAAAAAGCAGGUGCUUUUCUCUUCUCUCAAAAGUGACAUCUCAUAAGCCAUAUCAGAGUAUCAGUAAAUUUCUCAUGAUCAACAAAGUCAACCAUACAAAAUAUGCCAUGUUUCUAAGGCAUUGCCCUUUUAUGUGUGCAUGUGCUUUCUCCCUUAUCCAGGAUGGAGUUUCAGCAUGGGAUCUGCUUACCAGUUUCACAGCUGGCGAGUGUUUGUUAUUAUGUGUGCUCUGCCCUGUGUUUCCGCUGUGGUGGCACUUACUUUCAUGCCAGAAAGUCCAAGGUUCUUGCUUGAGGUAAAAUGCCUAUAUUAUUAAACAACUUGAGUUUACCUGGGGCUUCAGGUCAGCCAUGGAGACUCUGCUGUCUAGACGACCACUAAGAUAAAUCAGACUCAUGGGACAGGGGCAGGGUCUUUUCAUCAGUGGUGGCCCCAUAUCUUUGAAACCGCCUCCCUGGAGAAUGUUUGAUCCCUCUUUGGUGGUUUUCAAAAGAACUUUAAAGGCCUGAUUCCACAAAAUUUUAUGGAUUUUUUAAAACUGUAAUUUUCUUGGUUCUAAAUCUUGUUUUGUAAACUGCCUUCUGAAGGUGUGGCUCUAAAAGAUGGGAUAAAAAUAACUGAAAAGGUAAAAUAACUUUAUGUAUAACAGAAAAGUUCUAACCCCUAGAUCUGCUGGCUGGAGGGAGUUAGGUGCUUCUUUGCCUUUUAGGAAGUCUUGUAUACUGGGAAAGCCCCACCUAUGCCCACAGAAAUCUCUGAAGACAUAGAUAUUUUGCUAGCAGUGCUCUCACUUGCAGUAGCCUGUGUUAGGCCAGAAGAAGGUAGAAAGACCCCAGCAUUGGGACCACCACCUGUGUCAGUCGGAACUAUCCCCCCCCGCGCGCAUUUGAACCAGUGGGAGGAAUUUUUAAAAAGAUCAUCAAAGUCCCCCAGAGUCAAACCAGUAGGACUUUGGAAGUGGCAGCUGAUCUGCCAUUUCACACAUGUGACAAGCACUCAAUAUACCACACCACACAGUUGAAAAUCAGCUAAAAAGGGGAGCAGCUGGUGAAUUCUGGGACUAUAGGAGGUAUGGUUAUCAGUUUUUCCAAGGGAAUAAUGAUAGUGAGUGAGGCAGGAAAGGUCAAUUGCUUAGCUAUCAUUACAUUAUUAUAACCUCUCAGCAAUUUCAGUUCUUCAAUUUCUAUUUUAAUAUAUAUAUGUUGCUUUACCAAAUGUGUUCAUAUCUGUAGGUUGGGAAACAUGAUGAAGCUUGGAUGAUUCUCAAACAAAUUCAUGAUACAAACAUGAGAGCUCGUGGUCAGCCUGAAAAAGUUUUCACAGUAAGUUGUCAUUUGCACCAUUAUGCCUCAUUAGCCCAACAUCAAAAUUUAGAUGGAUAUAGUUGCUGGAAAGCAUGGAAAGUGUUCCUUUUUUCUUAAGGUAAACAAGACAGUUAAGAAUAUCUGUCACAGGUGGAUAGAUAUUGAAAACAUUUACUGGAUUAAGGUAUGUUUUGAAAGUUAAGGUUACUAAUGCUAUGUAAAUGUGAGGUUAAAGGCAAAGGACCCCUGGAUGGUUAAAUUCAGUCAAAGGCGACUAUGGGGUGUGGCACUCAUCUCGCUUCAGACUGAGGGAGCUGGUGUUUGUACACAGACAGCUUUCCGGGUCAUGUAGCCAGCAUGACUAAACCACUUCUGGUGCAAUGGAACACCGUGACGGAGGCCAGAGCGUACGGAAACACUGUUUACUUUCCCGCCGCAGCGGUACUUAUUUAUCUACUUGCACUGGUGUGCUUUCGAACUGCUAGGUUGUCAGAAGCUGGGAUGGAGCAAUGGGAGCUCACCCCAUCAUGUUGAUUAGAACCCCUGACCUCCCAAUUGGCAAGCCCAAGAGGCUCUGUAGUUUAGACCACAGUGCCACCUGCUCCCUAUUAAUGGCUAUGUAGUAGCACCUUCACUGUGUCUCUGCGUACCAGUUGCUGGGAUGGACAAAUAGGAAGAAUGCUUUUGUGCUUAUAAGUUCUUACUGGCAUCAGGUAGGCCAUUUUGGAAACUGGGUGGGCAUUUGGUUUGAUCCAACAGGACUUUUCUUAUGUUUAAUGCUAUCCAUACAUUUUUGUGUAAUGUAAAAAAGGUCAUCUCAGUAAUUACAGAAGCAGGUGUUUGGUACUUUCCAAAAGCGUUUUCACUUAGAAUAACAAAUUUUUGUUUAGAAUAACAAAAGGGUAUUUUUCAAACAGAGACUUACUAUCUAUCUAUGUCUGUCUAUCUCUCUAUCUAUCUAUCUAUCUAUCUAUCUACCCACCAUAUUUUUCGCCCUAUAGGACGCACCGUCCCAUAAGGCGCACCUAGUUUUUUGGGGGGGAAAUAAAGGGGGAAAAAUUAUUUCCCCCCCAGGCCCGAGCUUCCCCCGACCCCAGCCUCCAAACAGGCAGCUCUCUGCAAGCCGUGGGAGCCCAGCGCUGGCUCCCGCUGCUUGCGGAGAGGUCCGCGAAGCCUGGACGCGCUGAGCUCCGCGCGCGCAGGCUUCAGCAUGCAGGCAACUCUCCGCAAGCAGCGGGAGCCCAGCGCUGGGCUCCCGCUGCUUGUGGAGAGGUGCGCGAAGCCUGCAUUCGCCCCAUAGGACGCACACACAUUUCCCCUUCAUUUUUGGAGGGGGGAAAGUGCGUCCUAUAGGGCGAAAAAUACGGUAUCUAUCUAUCUAAAAUUAAAUGUGGCAACUAGGUUCAUAAUAGCCAAACUUUUUUUAAAAAAGAAUAGUAAUGUAGUGUUUGUGAAUUAACAAGUAAAGGAGCACAGGGUUAUUUUAAUACUGAACUGGCUGAUUAUAUAAGAAAGAAAGAAUUUUUGUAAGAAAGCAUCUUUGUAAAAAAUAUUAUCUUUGUAUUUAUUUUGUCUUAUAUUGAUUUAAUAUGAAGCUGUGAUAUUGCCUUUUUCAUUAUGAUUUUGCUGGGAUGGGGAUGCCUUCAUUUUGUAAAAACAUAUUAAGAAAUGCAUAGGUGAGUUGGAUGCUAAUCAGCUGUCUUAAUAAUGCUCAGCAAAAUAACCCAUUCCCUGUCUACUCCUAUAUAUGCCUACAGUGGUACCUCCGUUUAUGAACUUAAUACGUUCCGGAAGUCCGUUCUUACACUAAAAACAUUCUCAAACCGAGGCGCGCUUUCCCCAAUGAGGCUUCUUGCCGCCGGUGCCCAUCCACUGGUCGGCUUCCAUUCGUUUUCCGGGGCAAAGUUUGCUAGCUGGAACACUUACUUCCAGUUUUGCGGAGUGCGUUGCCCGAAUCGUUCGUUAACAGAAUUGUUCUUAGACCGAGGUAUGACUGUACUCAGAAGUUCCAUUGAGUUCAAUGGGGCUUAAUUUGGAUUGCAUGCUAAGUUGCCCCUGCCUUGAUAUGGCGUAUCAUUCUGUGCAGUUGCCCUUCAUGACACAAAAAUCCAGUUUCCCUUUCUUUCUAGAAGCUUUAGGCAGGGUUCCUUCCCAUCAUGAAGUUCUUUGCCUAUCCUCAUUUGGAUAAUAUCAAAUAAUGUUUGCUAAGGGGAAAGAACAUAAAAAUCUUUUUUUGUGCCUUCCAUAGGUUAACAGGAUAAAAACUCCGAAGCAAAUAGAUGAGUUUAUAGAAAUAGAAAGCGAUACAGGAACCUGGUACAAGCGGUGCUAUGUCAGAGUGCGUACAGAGCUGGAUGGUGUAAGUAAUUAAUUUGAAAAAUAUUAUUUGCACUGAAUAUGAAAGCAGAACUAUAGAAAUGUAACCAUUGAAGAUUGUUGUUAACCUUACAAAAAAUUAUUUGAAGACGUGCUUUAGUUUUUUAAAAGAAUGAAUAAAUGUUCUCUGCUGCCAUGCUCACCAGAGAUGUUCGAGAUGAUGGUGUCUACUUUGAUUUAAUACAUUGCUUUUAUCCAGUGUUUCUUCCCAAUAAUUUCAAUUUAGCAUAUAUGGUUAUUAUUAUUAUCCUUUUCAUAGUACUCUAAAUUGAAAUUUAAAAAUAAAUGUUUAUUUUCUUCAUCUUUCACAGAUUUGGUCAACUUUUAUGAGGUGUUUCACUUAUCCCGUCAAGGACAGUACAACCAAACUUGCAGUAGUAUGGUUUACUCUUUCUUUUGGGUAAGAGCAACAAGACACACAUGAAGUGGUUGUAAUACUGAUUAAGCAAUACAGAAAAGAAAGAAAUAGAGCAAUUUUUGUCAAGUAUUAAAUUUUCACAGCUGUCAAUAGAAGAUCGUGUUUUAUUAGAAUGAUAAGUAAUGGAAAGAGAAAUAAUAGAUGGCUUCACAGCUGCAUACUAUAAAAAGGUUUUUUUCAGUACUAGUGAAAUCUCUGAGAUUACAGUGGUACCUCGGGUUACAUACGCUUCAGGUUACAGACGCUUCAGAUUACAGACUCUGCUAACCCAGAAAUAGUACCUCGGGUUAAGAACUUUGCUUCAGGAUGAGAACAGAAAUCGUGCUCUUGCGGCGCGGCGGCAGCGGGAGGCUCCAUUAGCUAAAGUGGUGCUUCAGGUUAAGAACAAUUUCAGGUUAAGAACGGACCUCCGGAACGAAUUAAGUUCUUAACCCGAGGUACCACUGUAAUCAAAUUAUGGAAAUGAGGGUCAUACAGGAGACCUCAAAAGCUACAGUUAUAAUUGUUGUUCCCAAAGAGUGGAAGUAUUUUGCACUAGUCACUGUGUAUUGGCGAAAAUAUUGGUUAAACCAGGCAUGGCCAAACUUGGCCCUCCAGAUGUUUUGGGGCUACAAUUCCCAUCAUCCCUGACCACUGGUGCUGUUAGCUAGGGAUGGUGGGAGUUGUAGUCCCAAAACAUCUGCAGGGCCAAGUUUGGCCAUGGCUUAGUUAUACACAAUCUAAAUCUAUAAGAUAUUUUCAGGCAUUGGGGGGGGGGGGCGGAAAUAGUGUAAUCAGUAAAUCUGACCACUUAGGCUUCAUUUGGCUAAGAAAGAUGAUUCAUUGAAAUUGUAUCUAUUGCUUUUCACAGAUACUAUGGAUUGUCAGUCUGGUUUCCAGAUGUGAUUAAGCAUCUACAAGCAGAUGAGUAUGCUUCUAGAAGGAAGAGUUUUGAAAAUGAGAUAAUAAAAGACUUUGACUUCAACUUUACUUUGGAAAAUCAGAUUCACUACAAUGGAACAUUCGUCAAUGACAGGUUGAAAUAA